UCCAAACUCUAGCUCCAGCAAACUUUGUUACUUCAGUCAGCAAAAACCUCAGUGAUAUUUGCAACCUCCAAAGGAAAGACUCAUACAAACACACGGAUACACUCAACUACAAAGUUUAGCGGCGGAUUUUAAUCAACCAUGUCAUCAAAGGACGUAGAUAGAGCCACAGUGUUUUUGACGACCAAAGUGCGCACAUCACUGAAAUCGGAUGGCUGCUGGAUCCAAGGCCAAAAAGUAGACCCAAACACAGAGGACAAACCUAAGCUUCGCGCACCACUUGAAAGAAAAAACUCCGGAAUGAAUUCUGUAGACAUCUCCAACGCCAACAACAGUGAUGAGAGCCCAAAACCUGUCAAAUCUCCGGCAGGACGCCAGAGCUCCUACGUUCUUGCAGCUCUCAAGAAGUUUGAGUCUACUGAAGAGCUGACUGUCUCUCCUGGAAAAAGCCCAUCAUACUAUGCUAAAAGGGUGACUGUCGCCGAUGAGGCAGAGGCCGAUACUGCUGUGGCUAAGAGCAGUGUGGAGGUUUCUGUGAAUGGAGGUACUACUGAAAAGGAAGAAAACACUGUGACCCCAGAAGUGGAUCCAACACAAGCAAUCUCAAACACAUCCGCUGGUCCAGAAGAAGAGGCAGAUGUAAAGACUGUUGAGGAUGUAAGUGCUGUAGCUGCAGUUGAGUCACUCGUGAAGGAAGAAACUCAAACAUCUGCUGAGACAGCUCUAGAAGUCCCUGCUGCCAUACCUGUGGAGAUAGCUCCAGAAGUUCCUGCUGCCAUACCCGUGGAGAUAGUUCCAGAAGUUCCUGCUGCCAUACCUGUGGAAACAGCUCCAGAAGUUCCUGCUGUCACAGCUGUCGAAGUUCCUGAAGUUCCUGCUGCCGCACCUGUAGAGUCAGCUCCGGAAGUUCCUGAUGCUGUUUCUGUAGACACAACUCCUGACACAGCUGUGGUUGCAACUACUGAGGCUAUAGAAGUACCUGCAGCUACAGCUGUCGAAGUUCCAGUGGAGGCAGCGCCUGAAGAGCCUGCUGUCACCCCUACAGAGUCAGUUCCAGAGGUUCCUGCAGUCACAGCUGUGGAUGCAGCCCCUGAAGUUCCUGUAGCCACACCUGCAGAGUCAGCUCCAGAAGUACCUGAUGCUGUUUCUGUAGACACAACUCCUGACACAACUGUGGUUGCAUCUGCUGAAGUUCCUGCAGCCACAGCUGGGGAUGCAACUCCUGAAGUUGUUGACGUACCUGUGGAGGUAGCUCCUGAAGUUCCUGCAGUCACACUCGCAGAAGUCGCUUCUGAAGUUCUUGCUGUCUCAUCAGUAGAUGCAGCUGCUGAGGUUGCUGCGAUUACACCAGUGGAGGAAGCUCCUGAAGUUCACGUAGAGGUAGCAUCUGAGCCUGUUGUGGAAACUGCUAUCACUGCAGAAGCCGAGGCACUGGUUGAAGCAACUCAAGAUGCACUUGUAGAAGCAGUAGCUGAAGUUGCUCCUGCGGAGGUAGUAGCCACACCUGCUGAAACAUCCGCAGAUGCAAAUGUAGUGGUCGUACCUGAAGCAUUCGCUGAUGAAACUGUAGAGGCCAUACUUGAAGCACCUGCAGCAGUAGAGUCAGUGGCUGCAACACCCGAAGAAGCACCUGUAGAGCCUGCAGCUGCAACACCUGCAGAAGCCCCGAUAGAAUCUGUGACUGCAACACCUGCAGAAGCGCCUGUAGAAUCUGUGACUGCAACACCUGCAGAAGCCCCAGUAGAAUCUGUCACUGCAACACCUGCAGAAGCCCCAGUAGAAUCUGUGACUGCAACACCUGCAGAAGCCCCAGUAGAAUCUGUGACUGCAACACCUGCAGAAGCCCCUGUAGAAUCUGUGACUGCAACACCUGCAGAAGCCCCAGUAGAAUCUGUGACUGCUACAGCUGAACAAGUACCUGUAGAGGCAGUAGCUGAAACACCUGAAGCUGCAUCUUCUGAGGUGGUUGCACCAACAGAGACUGUGGACAAAGCCCCUGAGGCUGCUCCUGAAGAGGCCGUGGCUAAAGCCGCUCCCGCAGAAGUAGCAAUUCAAACACCCGAGGCCGUCUCUGUGGAGGCUGUCGUUGCAUCUGCUGAGGUCGCUGAGGUGUCUGUUGCACCUGUGCUGGAGGAAUCGGUGGAGUCACUGACCGAAGCAGACGCAGGCCAGGCAGAGAGCACAGACCUCCCAGCCACAGCGGUUCCUGUAGCGACAAUAUCAGGACCCUCUGACGAGCCUGCCACUGACGCCUCUGAUGAAGUUAAAGAGUCCGCUGUGAGCUCAGAUGUGACACUAGCAGCGGAGGUUCCAACUGAAAGUGAAGACAUUUCAGUGGCUGCACCUGAACCAGAAGCACUCAUAACACCCGCAGAGCAACCUGUUGUAGAAACAGCUCUGAACCAAGAAAAUGCCAUCAAAUUAUCUGAGGCUUUAGAUGGGGAAACUUCACAAGACCAAACUAAAGUUGAAGAGAAGCCAACCAUUAUUUCAGGUCCAUCUGUGUGCACCCAUUGUAAUGAGCUAAUUACUGGUAAUGUCAGAAUCACUGUUGCCACCCUUGCAAUCUGCUGCCACCCGGAGUGCUUCAAGUGCGGGGUAUGCCAGAAGAAUCUGGGUGAUCUGGAUUUAAAAAUGUUCAAUCAUGAAGCAACCUUAAUCUGUGAAGAAUGCUUUGAUGUAAUCUACCAUAUCAGUUAACCAGCAUUUGACAAUGAACCAUCACAUUUGAUCAUAUCCUAAAAUAACCAUCACUUUCAAACAUAUUCUAAAAGAACCAUCACUAUUGAUCAUAUUGAAGAUGAACUAUCAUAUUCGAUCAUGUCCUAAAAGAACUAUCACAUUUGAUCAUAUUCAGAAUGAACAUGUGUAAUCAUAUCCAAAUCCAAUGAGGCAGCAAUGGAAGCAUAUAAACCAAACAGCUGCUUAACGCACCCUGAACAUCAUGCUAAAUGAUGUUUUUUUCCCCAUGAUAAUACAUAUAAUGUUUUGGUGUAUAUGUUAUACUUUUUGCUUAACCAUUUUUAUUACAAUGCUUAUUUUUUAAUGUAUUGGUACAGUAUGUAUGUUUAUUUUCAAU